UAAAUGAAGAGGAAACCUGUGGAGGAACAGAGGAGGAAGGGAAUUGAGGUUAUGUGACUUAAGCGUCAGCUGAGUUAAAUAUUCAAGUUGCUUUGUAUUUAUGUUACGAGCUUUAUUACUCCUCAAACGAGAGAGGAAUCUCCUUUUCUCACUCCCUGUUAGAGGAUACAAGGUCUGUAGGUCCACAAAAUGGCCAAUCUGGUGUUCAGGUCAGGCCUGACUAGCUCAGGUCAUCUAUGCAUCCCAGUUCUCAUCAUUGGCCAGCUGAAGCACUUGACUCAGCUUCGGUUUAAGGACAUAAAGGUGAAACUGGAUUCUAGAGUCACUGAGCAGGCGUAUGGUUUGGCAGUCACCAGUUUAAAUCCAUCCCCAACUGAUACCAAGUCUCUUUUCGUGAAUCUGGCCUCUGUUGCUGCCCUGCCAGUCAUUUGCAGUCGGCACAACACUCCAUCCAGAGCCCAUUCUAUCACGAAGAUUAUUCAGAGUUCGGUUUAUGGAGAUACUGACGAGCAUAUUGUGAUUGUUUGCGAACAUUCUGAUGUCUAUGCAAGCGCUUGUGCGGUCGCAAGAGCUCUUCCGCUUUAUUCAAAAAAGUCGGAAGCCAAUAAAACCGCAGCUACGAUUUCCGUAGAGUUUCUUGUAAGGGGGAAUGACUCGGGAUCUGCUAAUCCCUACGUGGAACUAACUACAGACGAAAUCAGCUGCAUUACAAAUGCUGCUACAGGCGUCAGACUCGCUGCCCGGAUUGUUGAUACCCCCUGCAGUGAAAUGAACGUGGAUAGCUUUUUAACGGAGGUCACAAAGAUCGGGGCAGAACUAGACAUCACUCCAACUGUUAUCCGCGACAAGGAAUUGGCCGCAAAAGGCUUCGGUGGCAUCUACGGAGUAGGAAAAGCGGCAAAAGUGCCUCCGGCUUUGGCUGUUUUAAGCUACACUCCUACAGGGGCCACUCAAACUGUGGCAUGGGUGGGAAAAGGCAUUGUAUAUGACACUGGUGGUCUCAGUCUUAAGGGCAAGUUAGCUAUGCCUGGAAUGAAGCGAGACUGUGGCGGCGCAGCAGGAAUUCUAGGCGCAUUUUAUGCCGCCGUUAAAUCGGGAUUUACUGAAAACUUGCACGCAGUUUUUUGCCUGGCAGAAAACGGCAUCGGUCCGGAUGCCACCAGGCCAGACGACAUUCUCACCUUAUACUCUGGACGUACCGUAGAGAUCAACAACACGGACGCGGAAGGCCGGCUAGUGUUGUCUGACGGUGUGUUUUAUGCCAGCAAAGAUCUCAAAGCCAACAUCAUUCUGGAUAUGGCCACAUUAACUGGAGCCCAGGGUAUCGCUACUGGAAAGUACCACGCGGCCUAUCUGACCAACAACGGAAGUUGGGACGAUGCUCUUAUGAAAUCAGGAUUACUGUCGGGAGAUCUGGUAUUUCCUCUACCCUACUGUCCCGAAUUCCAUGUAGGAGAGUUUAAUUCCGAACUUGCCGAUAUGAAGAAUUCGGUAACAGACAGACAUAAUGCUCAAGCCAGCUGCGCCGGUAUUUUUAUUGAAGCACAUUUAGGGUUUGAUCAUCCCGGCACUUGGAUUCAUGUCGAUAUGGCUUAUCCUGUUCAUAGCGGAGAACGAGCCACUGGGUAUGGCGUAUCCCUAUUAACGACUCUUUUCGGUGUUUAUAGCAAGAAUCCCAUUCUAAGGAAGAUAUCUCCAGAAAUACCCUCUGUUGAUGAGCGCGCAACGAAAAAAGCCAGAAUUAAUUAAUUAAGCUAUGCAAGGUAAGAAUCAGGCUGUUACUUAAUUUGUUUAAGGCCAGUUUUGUUGUUUACUAACGUCUUUUAUCAGUUUACUGCUAAUUGCAAUUGGGGUUGUCAACUGGAGAUUAAAUUUUAUUUUGACCCAAA